CUUUCUCUUCAAACGGCAGCAGCUGUGCGUCUCUGCUUCUCUCCAUGAAGGUGAGACUCAGAUUGAUCCUGGAAACAGCUCAGCGGUGACGAACACAAACCCUUUUGUGUUGGACGUCCACAGCAGAAUGGAUCAAACUGAGGACGGAGAGGAGGGAGCCCCUCCCUGGAAGACCACCCACAGAACCCCCACAGGACCUGGACCUGAUCUCAGAUCCGGAGCUGGAGGCACACCUGGACCUGGAUCUGGACCCAGCUGUGAGUCCAUGAAGAGUGAUGAAUCCAAGGAACCCCCACUGCAUUUUAAAAGAGGACGUGAAUCUGAGCCUCAACCUGGACCUGGUGUUGGACCUGGACCUGGACCUGGACCUGGACCCAGCUGCAUGUCCAUGAAGAGUGAUACCUCUAUGUAUGAACCACAGAACUUUAAAAGACGACGUGUUCCACAGACUCAACCUGGACCUGGACCUGGAUCUGGACCAAGCUGUUUGUCCAUGAAGAGUGAUGCCUCCAAGGAACCCCCACUGCAUUUUAAAAGAGGACGUGUGUCUGAGCCUCAAGUGGAGCAGCAGAGCUCAGAGGUUCCCAGUGGUCUACAGGAUCAGACUCAGCUGGACUCCAUAUUUAAGGAAACACAGAUGGCGGCACCUAAAGAAGUGAGUCGACCAGAGAAAGCAGACCGGAUAGACACGACGGUCCAGACCUACGACAGAAAUACUCAGAGAGUCACUGAAAGAGUUGUGGAGAAGAUGGACAAGACUGAUCCAGUGAAAAAUCUUUCAAAAGACAUCCCAGUAUCUAAAGAGAGCAUUGACCAGUGUCGGCGAAAACUGAAGGUUAAGCUGAAGCAGAAGUUUGAGUGUGUGUUUGAGGGCAUCAUUAAAGAAGGACUCCCCAAAACCCUCCUGAACCAGAUCUACACAGAGCUCUACAUCACAGAGGGAGGGGCUACAGAGGUCAACCAGGAACAUGAGGUCAGACAGAUUGAAACAGCAUCCAGGAACCCACACAGACCACCAACAACCAUCACAUGUGAAGACAUCUUUAAAGGACCACCUGACAGAGACCAACCAAUCAGAACAGUGCUGACAAAGGGCGUGGCCGGCAUCGGGAAAACAGUCUUAACACAGAAGUUCAGUCUGGACUGGGCUGAAGACAAAGCCAACCAGGACAUCCACUUCAUAUUUCCAUUCACCUUCAGAGAGCUGAAUGUGCUGAAACAGAAGAAGUUCAGCUUGGUGGAACUGGUUCAUCACUUCUUCACUGAAACCAAAGAAGCAGGAAUCUGGAUCUUUGAAGACCACCAGGUGGUGUUCAUCUUAGAUGGUCUGGAUGAGUGUCGACCUCCUCUGGACUUCAACAACACUCAGAUCCUGACGGAUGUUACAGAGUCCACCUCAGUGGAUGUGCUGCUGAUGAACCUCAUCAGGGGGAACCUGCUUCCCUCUGCUCGCCUCUGGAUAACCACACGACCUGCAGCAGCCAAUCAGAUCCCUGCUCAGUGUGUUGACAUGGUGACAGAGAUCAGAGGGUUCACUGACCCACAGAAGGAGGAGUACUUCAGGAAGAGGUUCACAGAUGAAGAAGUGACCAACACAGUCAUCUCCCACAUCCAGAGGUCCCGAAGCGUCCACAUCAUGUGUCACAUCCCAGUCUUCUGCUGGAUCACUGCUACAGUUCUGGAGGACGUGUUGAAGAACACAGAUAGAAGACAACUGCCCAAGACCCUGACUGAGAUGUACAUCCACUUCCUGGUGGUUCAGGCCAAACUGAAGAACGUCAAGUAUGAUGAACGAUCUGGGACAGAUUCACCCUGGAGUCCAGAGACCAUGGAGAUGAUUGAGUCUCUGGGAAAACUGGCCUUUGAGCAGCUGAAGAAAGGAAACCUGAUCUUCUAUGAAUCAGACCUGACAGAGUGUGGCAUCGAUAUCAGAUCAGCCUCAGUGUACUCAGGAGUGUUCACAGAGGUGUUUAUAGAGGAGAGAGGACUGUACCAGGACAAGAGGUUCUGCUUCAUUCAUCUGAGUGUCCAGGAGUUUCUGGCUGCUCUUCAUGUCCAUCAGACCUUCAUCAACACUGGAGUCAAUCUGCUGUCAGAAGAACAAACCACAUCCCAGAGGUCUGGAUCUGCAGACACACAGUUCUACCAGACUGCUGUGGACCAGGCCUUACAGAGUCCAAAUGGACACCUGGACCUGUUCCUGCGCUUCCUCCUGGGUCUAUCACUGCAGGCCAAUCACAGACUCCUACAAGGUCUGAUGGAACAGACAGGAAGUAGCUCAGAGACCAAUCAGCAGACAGCUGAGUACAUCAAGAAGAAGAUCAAUGAUAAACUGUCUGUAGAGAAAAGCAUCAACCUGUUCCACUGUCUGAAUGAACUGGAGGAUCGAUCUCUGGUGGAUCAGAUUCAAAAGUACCUGAAAGAUGGGGGUCUCUACAGAUACGGUCCGUCUCCUGCUCAGUGGUCAGCUCUGGUCUUUAUCUUACUGUCAUCAGAUAAAGAUCUGGAUGAGUUCGACCUGAACAAAUACUCUGGUUCAGAAGUGGCUCUUUUGAAUUUGCUGCCAGUCGUCAAAGCCUCCAACAAAGCUGUAUUGACUGUCUAUGGCCUGUCAGAAAGAGGCUUUGAAGGUCUGUCCUCAGUUCUCAGAUCCCAGUCCUCUAGUCUGAUACAUCUGGACCUCAGUACCAAUGACCUGGAGGAUUCGGGACUGAAGAUCCUGUCAGAUGGACUAAGGAGUCCAGACUGUAAACUGGAGACUCUCAGGUUGAAUAUCUGUAACCUGUCAGAGACAAGCUGUGAAGGUCUGUCCUCAGUUCUCAGAUCCCAGUCCUGUAGUCUGACACAUUUGGAGCUAAACAACAUGGACCUGAAGGAUUCAGGACAGAAGAUCCUGUCAGAUGGACUAAGGAGUCCAGACUGUAAACUGGAGACUCUCAGGUUGAGUAUCUGUAACCUGUCAGAGAGAAGCUGUGAAGGUCUGUUCUCAGUUCUCAGAUCCCAGUACUCUAGUCUGACUCAUCUGGAGCUCAACAACAUGGACCUGAAGGAUUCAGGACUGAAGAUCCUGUCAGAUGGACUAAGGAGUCCAGACUGUAAACUGGAGACUCUCAGACUGUCAGGAUGUCUGAUCACAGAGGAAGGAUGUUCUUCUCUGGUCUCAGCCCUACAGUCCAAUCCGUCCCAUCUCAGACUGCUAGACCUGAGCUACAACCAUCCAGGAGCCUCAGGACAGGAGCUGUGUGCUCUAGUGGAGGAUCCACACUGGAGACUGGACACUGUCAGGUUGGAGCCCAGUGGAGUCCGAUGGUUGAAACCAGGUCUGAGGAAGUGUAAGUGGAUUUCCAUUGGAUUACAGAUGAAACCCAACCUGAACAUACAGAAGGAGCUGGUACCACAUUAGAAAACACAUCAACUGUCAGUGAAGACAGUGGGUGAGCUGACAGCUGAUUGGUCAGGACACGGAUCACAUGACACAAAUACCCUGAGGGACGAGUCCUCAGAACCUCAGAUCAUUGGCCAAUCACACCUCCUCUGUCUUUAUGGAUCAUUCUAGUGUCGUUCUUGUGCCGCUGUCUGAUAAAGGUGGAAGACGAACAAAAAAAUAAAGUCAAAAACACAGCUGAGUCGAUCAGGAGGAAAGUUUGUCACAGUAACAAGUUCAACCCAAAACAUCAAAUCACUUCCAUAAAUAUUUAUUAUCCAUUAGAUAAAGGCUGUAAUAUUAUGGAUUUUAUGGACAAUUAGGAAAAAGGGAAAGAUUAAAUUAAUAAAUCUGUGCAAAGGUCGUCACUAAUACAGUUUGUUUUUGAUCAGAAGGUUUUUGACAGUGAACUUGGAGACACAGACUGAACAGAACCAUUGGAAUGAAAUGUCAGUAAAUUCCAGUUCCUGUCUAUCUGUCCUUGACUACUGCCUACAUGACAUUAGACAGAAAAACCACAACUACAGCUCACAUCUCAGAGCUUCUCUGAAAUAAAACUCACACAGACACGUUUCAGACCAGACCUUUAUUUGUCUCCAUCAUGAAUUUCCCCAAAACCAUCAGAACUCAAACCUGUGGAGGUUUAAAGUGCUGUGACGCUGCUACCCAUCAGUCAUCUGUAUUGGAACACACAUUAUCUAUGUGAUCACAUGAUCAGCAUUUAUUUAGUCAAAUAUUUCUGUGGAGGAUUUUCAUGAUAACUUCAUGACUUCUGUGUUUGGUCUUUGAAUGAACUACUAGGACUUGUACAGCUAUCAGUAGUUGUGUUUAAUAUAAUACAAACUGAACCAAAAUGAACAAAAACAAAAUUAAAUAGAGAACAGCAAAGUUACAAAGGACAUCCUUUAAAUAUUCAACAAAAUCAACAUUUUAUUAAUUUGCUUUGAGUAUUUUCUUCAUU